AUGGCUGGGGAUGCGGCUCCACAGGCAACAGACCAGCAUCCAUACGUGGAAGCGGCUAUGGAUCUUCCGGUUGUGGUUGGUUCGGACAAUGAUGAAAUAGUCUCCCACGAACUAGAGCAAAUGAGGAGCAUAUUGGAAGAGGUGAUUUUGGUAACGCACAACAUGCCUCUCGAAAAUCCUUUGCUAGACUCAAUACUCAACUCUUUUUGGCUGACUCAAUUCUUUUUGGCGCCGCAGUGGCAGUUUGCCGUAUUAUUGGCGUCAAACUUCCAAUGGCUGAACGCGCUACUAGACAAAGUAGCGCCAUCCCAGCCUGGAGAAAACGAAUCGAGGACCGUAUCGCAAAGGGGAGGGCCCUUAUCGGCAGACUGA